UGCGCGAAUUUGAUGGUUGUUUGUCACGUCCGCUCCAUUCAAUGAAAUACUUAAAUAUGUAAAUAUGCAAUUGAAUUGCAAAAAUCAGUGGUCACAGUGUAAUUUUUUAUUUUAAAUUUCUGUAUGUAUGAGGUAUUAUAAAUCAAUAACUUAGUACAAAAUGUCAGAGAUUCGUAAAAGAACAAUUGGAGAUGCGUCGACAGAAACGCGGGAUGUCAGUGAUAAUCAGAAGGAAGAUGUGGAAUCUGAGGAUGAUGCAAAAUUAGAAGUGGAGGAAUUGGGUAAAACUUUACCCCAAGGGACUGAUCAUACUCCGCACAUUUUGGAUUCAGUCCUUUCUGGCUUAUCGGAUCGAUGGAAAAAUUGGGUAAUCAGAAGUAUUUUUACCUUGUUUAUGAUCAUUGGAUUUUGUGCCAUUAUUUAUGCUGGACCAUUAGCACUGAUGGCGACGACGUUAAUUGUGCAAGUGAAAUGUUUCCAAGAGAUUAUUAACAUUGGAUAUGCAGUUUAUAGAAUUCAUGGUUUACCAUGGUUUCGAUCUCUUUCAUGGUAUUUUUUAAUUACUUCCAACUACUUCUUUUAUGGAGAAAAUUUGAUGGACUAUUUUGCUGUAGUGAUUAAUAGAACAGAGUAUUUACGUUUACUUGUUACAUAUCAUCGUUUUAUUUCAUUUUGUUUAUAUAUCGUUGGUUUUGUAUGGUUUGUACUGUCACUUGUGAAGAAAUAUUACAUGAAACAAUUUUCUCUAUUUGCUUGGACACACGUUGCUUUACUUAUUGUUGUGACCCAGAGUUAUCUUAUAAUUGCAAAUAUAUUCCAAGGCUUGAUAUGGUUCAUUGUUCCAGUUAGUAUGAUAGUGAUAAAUGAUAUAAUGGCAUAUAUGUUCGGCUUUUUCUUUGGCAAAACACCUUUAAUUAAAUUAUCACCUAAAAAGACUUGGGAAGGUUUUAUAGGAGGUGGUAUUUCAACAGUAAUACUUGGUUUGGUGAUAUCAUACAUCAUGUGUCAGUACCGUUACUUUGUUUGUCCCAUUGAAUAUAGCGAAGCCUUAGGACAAAUGACAAUGGACUGUGAACCGUCUGCUUUAUUUCAACCUCAAGAAUAUAAUUUACCCACUAGUUUACAAGUUAUGUGGAAAAUGAUUAGUGGAAAGUCUACUGUAUCUUUAUAUCCAUUUUUACUCCAUUCAUUAUCAAUGUCAGUAUUCAGUUCUGUAAUUGGACCAUUUGGAGGUUUCUUUGCCAGUGGCUUUAAGAGAGCAUUCAAAAUUAAAGAUUUCGGAGAUAUUAUUCCUGGUCAUGGUGGAAUAAUGGAUAGAUUUGAUUGUCAGUAUUUAAUGGCAACAUUUGUAAAUGUUUAUAUAUCUUCGUUCAUUCAAACUGCAUCACCUCAAAAACUUUUACAACAGGUGUACAGUUUAAAACCGGAGCAGCAGUUACAGUUGUUCCAAACGCUAAAGGAUUCAUUAGAACACAGGGGUUUGUUAAAUGUUUAUUGAUGUUCUAACAUCGAUAAUAAUUGAAUGGUAAGCUGUAUUACCUUUAAACAGCAAAAAAAAAGUUAGAAAAAUUAUUUCUAAUAUUUGUCUAAAUAUUGUACGCGAUGUUUGUGCAAGCAGCAUUAACAAUAUUAAUCACGAUAAUAUAUUAAUACUCAACUGGUCGCAUGUUUCACUAAAAGUUUAUUGAAUUUAUAUAUUUGUAUAACUUUACUUUGAAAUUGUAUAUUAUGCUUUCUAAUAUUUUUCUGAGAGUAUUAUUUUUUGUAAUUACGAAAGCAUCUUUAAACAUUAAAUUUAAAUAAUUCGUAUGAAAUUACACGUCAGUUAACUGUUGUUAAUUGAACUUGUAAAAAUUCAUUAUUUCAGUUAAAAUCAUAAACUAUUCAUUUAUAUAUAAGCGGCUAGUUAGAUGAAAUGAUCAUGAUUAAAUUUAUUUUACAAUUAUAAAAAUUAAGAAGCACGUAAUGUAAUACUUUGCAGUUCUUUUGCAUUCCGCAACAAACAGUCCAUUUUCUAUCAAAAAAAUUUGUAUUAAACUGUGAUGUUGAUAGAAAUUUGACUAAAUGUUUCUUUUAUAACAAUUAAACCAAAGAAUGUCAGAUAUACUGCGUGUUAUAUAAAAGAACUUCUAUAACUAUUUGUUAAAUAUCUUAUAAAUACUUGAAAUAUUUUUCAAACUUUCUUUUUUUUUAUAUUUUGCUUCAUUGAUAAGUUAUAAGUAAAUUUAUCAAUGAAAAUUCAUUCGCUCGAAAUUAGAUGUAUGUAUUUAAAUCAAUCAGAUCUCAAUAUUUUUAAAUUGUAAUUAUGCAUUUAAGAAUUUUAAUAGCAGAAACGAAUCUCAUUAAAUUCAUCUUUUGCAUAUAAUUUGAAACAGUUAACGGUAGGUAACUUUAUUUGAAAAACUAACGGACGAUCAUAUUUUUCAAGAAAAAAAGAGUAGCAUUACUUUGUUAUUAUAGUCAGUUUAUCAAUUUUUUGUAAUUAAUUAUUAUUGAUAACAAUAAUAGAGUAAAUUUUUACAUUUUUUUUUUUCUGUUAUAAUCAGUGUCAUAUAAUCAUUCAUAAUUUAUGUACAAACAUAUCUAUUAUUCUGCAGCAUUAAGCAUAAAAAAAUAUUUUCUUAAAGCAAGUAUUUUAAAUCUAACAAAAUGUAGUAUUGUAAAGAAAUUGAUGUUAUAUUUUAUUACAGGCUUUUACAAUAUUUACAUGUUUAACUACUCUCUGAUACUGAAUAUGACACUGAAUAUUAACAAGAAAAGAAAAAUAAUUUCUAUUUGCCCUCGAUUCUGUUAUAAAUAAUUUCAUUAUAAACAGGAUUAAAUGAAAAUGUAACUAUUUUUUGCAAUAAUUAUUAUAGUAUCUUUUAUUUUUUUAUUUCUUAUUUUUUUACAACUAUGUAUAUCUUACUUUAUCUUCAAAACUGAACAAAACGGUAAAUUGCAUACUAAACCACAAAAUUCUAAAGAAAUGUUCAAAGUGCUAUGAAAUAUGUUUCAAAUUAUAUCAUUUUAAAUUGUGCCAAUUCUCUAUAGAGGUAAACUGAAUGUUUAAAAAUAUAUAGUCAUGCAAAGAAAUGUCAGUGUGGCACAAUUAAUGGUAUCUAUCUGAUUGCAUUACAUUUCCAAUCUCGAUUUUAUGUAUGUUUUACAUAGUUAAUUUACAUAUGCUUUAGAAGCAAAUCAUACAAUGUACCUAACUCAGAGUAAAUACUUAUACUUUCCUUUAUUAUGAAAUAUUUAUAUAUUGUUUUAAUGUUGAAUAUAUAAUAUUAAAAUAACAUAUAUGUGUAUACAAACUGAAAGGAAACAGUAAUAGAUAAGUUAUUUAAUAGAGAACAUAAUAAAAUAUAUGUAUAUGUAUAUAGAUGAAAAAUUUUUGUGAAACAACAAAUAUAUUAUUGUAAUUAUAGAUUUUUAACUGAAGGUGACUUAAAUUUAAAUGUGUAACAUAUUUAUGUAGUAGUACAAGAAAAUAAAUAAAUUCUUGGAAAUGUUAA